UCCUCACCCUCUCUCCUGCGCUCUCCACUCUCUCUCCGCUGCAACACUAGCUGAGUCAGACACACAGCCAACCAGAAAAACUGCCAGAUAGCCAGCCUCCUCUCUCUCUUCCUGUGGACAAGCCUUGGACAAGCACUGUGAAGAGCUCUGGAGCAGCAGUGAUGACCGUGGAGUCCAGUACCCUGGGGGUGCCCACCUCCCCCCUCCUGCCCUCCAACCUGUCGUCCCCAGACUGCCCCCCCACUGAGAGCUCUGUGGAGGACCUGCUGUUCGGAGGCUACUACAUCCUGGUGUUCCUCCUGGCGCUAAGCGGGAACAGCCUGGCUCUCUGGGUCUUCUCCCGGCAAAGGGCCACUUCCUCUCCGGCCAACGUGUUCCUGCUGCACCUGGCGGUAGCUGACCUGUCCUAUGUCAUCGUGCUUCCCCUGAGGGCCACGUACCACCUGGCCGGGGGACACUGGCCCUUCGGAGAGGUUCCUUGUCGCCUGGCUGGCUUCCUGUUCUACGUCAACAUGUAUGCCAGCCUGUUCUUCCUGGCGUGCGUGGCGGGGGACCGCUACCUGGCCGUGGUGCACGCCGUGCGCUCUCUCAAGGUGCGCCGCGCCCGCACCGCCCACAUCAUCAGCUUCUCCCUCUGGGCGCUGGUGACCGUCUCCAUGGCGCCCCUGCUGGUCACCCGGCAGACGGUGGAGGUUGCCGGGGCGACGGUUUGUCUGCAGCUGUACCGUGAGAAGGCGUCGCGCCGCGCCCUGGUGUCCCUGGCCGUGGCAUUCACCCCGCCCUUCCUCGCCACGCUGUCCUGCUACCUGAUGCUGGUCCACAGCCUCCGCAGGGGGUCCCGUCUGGAGCCGUCCCUGCGGUCCCGCGCCCUGUGCACCAUCGGCCUGGUCAUGCUCAUCUAUGUGGUCUGUUUCCUGCCCUACCACGUCAGCAGGGCCACCUUCAUCCUGGGCUACGCACACCCUGACGUCUCCUGCAGCGCCCGGCGAGGCCUGGCACUGGCCAACCGCCUGACCUCCUCCCUCACCUGUCUGAACGGGGCGCUGGACCCCCUGGUCUACCUGCUCGGGGCAGAGAAGUUCCGUGGCACGCUGACUCGGCUGCUGUGUAGAGAGACGGCGGCAGCGGCGUCCGGAGGGACCAGCGGAGACCUGAAGGGAACGCAUGACAGCUCUCUGAGUGCCAAGUCAGAGUUCUGAGGUUCUGAGGUACUGAGGUACUUAGCCUGUGUUCACACCGAACUCAAAACAAAUUUUCCGACCGGCGAGAUUACAUGUAAAAUCGAUGCAAACGCAUUGACACAUUUUCAACUCGAGAGAAAUAUUCGCGUUACGCUGUGUCGCGAAAGUUGAUCAAUGUUGAGAUGUCACUGACAUUUUAGAAGAAAUGGAGGGCAAGAGUAUUGUAGCUGUUUGUGGGCAUCCUCUGCUAUACGACGCUGCUUCAUAUUUGUUUAUAGUACCGGUAGGACAUGGUUGACGACUACAAAAAAAACGGUUAGCUCCUAGCAAUUUCGCGCGACUAAACACAAAGUAACGCGAAGCGAAAAUACUCUUCAUUUGCGCCAAUAAUUUGCUUUGCGUUUAGUGUGAACACAGCAUUAGGGUCUGAUGGGCUGCGGUUUUGAGCAGAAUUACAGAGUUUUUUUUUAUAUGGGUGUCUCAAUCUCUAAAGCUGUAUUUAAAAUGCAUUUUUUAUAUUGUGAAAACCAGACAUGUUGCUGGUGUAACGAUACUGGUGCACAAUGUGGUCAUGUUUCCUGUGCAAAUGUAAUUUCCAAACCAACAAAUAGUAGCUCUUAAUAUCCUCUAGGAAUAUUUACAGGAUUUUAUACUGAAAACUAUCAUUUUCAGAAAUGUAAUGUAUAUGUUUAUCUUUCAUAUGAAUUAUCAAAGUAACUAACAUAUUUGCCACAGAUUCCAAAUAAUAAUGUGCAGACCAUUUCUUACUAGAACAAGCUGAUGUUCAGGAGUCCUGUGUUUCACUGGUGUACUGUACACUGUUCUCAGUCUGUCUCACUUUAAGAAUGAGUUAGUAUUUGGUGUGUUCCUCAUCCUGCCUGAGGGUUAUUCCACCACUGCUACAGCCCUGAACCAGCUUGUAGAAUAAACACCCUUUUCAUGCUUUAGACACGUCUCAUACUGUUUAAGAAGGCUACGGUAUAGCCAGAAGCAUUGCCUUCUAAUCAGAUUUUUUUAACUGUGUUAAACCCUCAUUUAUCCUACUGUAUUGUUUGGUUUCUGACUGGGAGUCACUAAACAGCCUCAUCCACUAACAUCCCACCUGCUGCACAGACAGACUGGCUGGACUGGUUUGUGGUGUAGCUGUGAAGCUUUCUGUGUUUAUUGAAAUGAUGUAUAUUUAUGGGCGGCUGUGCUGUAAAUAAACGUGGAUGCAAAAACGCCAGCUUUGUUACGGUUUAAUGAACGCCUGUCUUUUCCCCUCAGAGCUCUCUGUACAGGGCCCAUAUAGCAGCCCUCAGCUCUCUGUCUAGGGCCCAUAGAGCAGCCCUCAGCUCUUUGUACAGGGCCCAUAUAGCAGCCCUCAGCUCUCUGUCCAGGGCCCAUAGAGCAGCCCUCAGCUCUUUGUACAGG